AUGAUGAAAGUGAAUAUGGAAAAUGAAGAUAAUUAUUCUGAAGAUGUCGAUGAUGAUGGGGAUUCAGAAGAUCAUGAUGAAGGUGAUGAUGAUGGUCUUAAAGGCAAUGUAGAUGUUGUUGAUGAUGGUGAUGAGGAUAAAAUAGCUGUUACCAAAGACAUUGAGAAACCCAUCGAUGAGGAGUCUACCGAAGAAGACCUUGAUGUAGAUGCUGAGAAAGACGUCGACACCUUGAGAAACUCCAGGACUGUGUUGUUCCCACAGAGAGUACAGUUGGCAUUAGUGCUGGUGGGCGUGUGGCUCACCCUAGCUGCCGCUCUCCCCUUGCUCAGGCGUCGAUCACCGAAGGAAGUCGGAGCCGACUUCGAUGCCUUUGGUGAAGGGAACACCUUCUUCGACAGCGCCCUUCACUCUCAUUCCCUCGGCAAAGGUCCAGACCACAGCCAAGCCAAACUUAAGAGUAUCCUUGCUGGUGAGGGCAAGAUGAGUUCGAAUACUAGCACCCGACUGAAAACCCGUGGCAUCAACACCAGCGGCCGUGCCCAUUCUUCCGCCGAGAACAAAGGAUUAAAAGGAGCGUUUAUAGGGACUCAGGAUGUCAAGAGUCUCGAAAACUACGGAUCUGAGGCAAUAUCAAAGUACCAUAGAGACAAUAAAGAAUGGCAGGUGUGUGAGGGAGUAUUGGUCUUCGCGGCGCUGGCGGGCGUCGUCUCCGCUACCAGUGCCUGCAAAGAUGGCGCCACAGGUGUGUCCAUUGACAGUGAAGGAAAUGCUGUACCUGGUAAUGCUGUAAGCCCUGGAGGAGGUAUUAUACCUGGUAAUGCUGUAAGCAUUGGAGGAGGUAUUAUACCUGGUAAUGCUGUAAGCCCUGGAGGAGGUAUUGUACCUGGUAAUGCUGUAAGCCCUGGAGGAGGUAUUGUACCUGGUAAUGCUGUAAGCCCUGGAGGAGGUAUUGUACCUGGUAAUGAUGUAAGCCCUGCAGCAGGUAUUAUACCUGGUAAUGCUGUAAGCCCUGGAGGAGGUAUUGUACCUGGUAAUGCUGUAAGCCCUGGAGGAGGUAUUGUACCUGGUAAUGCUGUAAGCCCUGGAGGAGGUAUUGUACCUGGUAAUGCUGUAAGCCCUGCAGCAGGUAUUAUACCUGGUAAUGCUGUAAGCCCUGGAGGAGGUAUUGUACCUGGUAAUGCUAUAAGCCCUGGAGGAGGUAUUGUACCUGGUAAUGCUGUAAGCCCUGGAGGAGGUAUUGUACAUGAUGCCAUAGUAAUGCCUGGUAAGACCAUGAGUGAAGAGGAACCCGCUACAAUGGAUGGAUGGGUCGGCACACACGGUCAAGAAGACGAACCAUAUCUGAGCGGAAAAUCAACCAUAGCCAACACUUCAGGUAAAACCGCCGGUAAUGGGAACCUGAGGAUAUCUCCAGGUGGUAUUAACGGUGGGAUUAACUUUCCAAUACCAUAUUAUCCAGAUAUCUUUGGUACACCAACUCAGGUAGGCCCCGGUAUUUCAAAACCAGAUAGUACUGGUACACCAGCACAGACAGCCCCCGGUGUUUCAGAACCAGAUAUUACUGGUUCACCAACACAGACAGAACCCGGUAUUUCAGAACCAGAUAUUACUGGUACAGCAACACAGACAGCCCCCGGUAUUACAGAACCAGAUAUUACUGGUACACCAACACAGGUAGGCCCCGGUAUUUCAGAACCAGAUAUUACUGGUACACCAACAUUGGUAGGCCCCGGUAUUUCAGAACCAGAUAUUACUGGGACACCAACACAGACAGCCCCCGGUAUUACAGAACCAGAUAUUAUUGGUACACCAACACAGGUAGGCCCCGGUAUUUCAGAACCAGAUAUUACUGGUACACCAACAUUGGUAGACCCCGGUAUUACACAACCAGACAUUACUGGUACACCAACACAGGUAGGCCUCGGUAUUACACAACCAGACACUACUGGUACACCAACAGAGACAGUCCCCAGUAGUACAGAACCAGAUAUUACUGGUACACUGGCACAGGUAGGCCCCGGUAUUUCACAAGCAGAUAUUACUGGUGCACCAACAGACACAGUCCCCGGUAUUACACAAACAGACAUUACUGGUGCACCAACACAGGUAGGCCCCGGUAUUACACAACCAGACAUUACUGGUGCACCAACACAGGUAGGCCCCGGUAUUACACAAUCAGACAUUACUGGUGUACCAACACAGGUAGGCCCCGGUAUUACACAACCAGACAUUACUGUUGCACCAACACAGGUAGGCCCCGGUAUUACACAACCAGACAUUACUGUAGCACCAACACAGGUAGGCCCCGGUAUUACACAACCAGACAUUACUGGUACACCAACAGAGACAGUCCCCAGUAUUACACAACCAGAUAUUACUGGUACACCAACAGACACAGUCCCCGGUAUUACACAACCAGAUAUUACUGGUACACCAACACAGGUAGGCCCCGGUACUCAAAUACCAUAUUAUCCUGAUAUACUAAAGCACAAAUUUCCCGGUAUUGCACAACCAGACAUUACUGGUGCACCAACACAGACAGUCCCCGGUAUUUCACAAGUAGAUAUUACUGGUACACCAACACUAGUAGGCCCCGGUAUUUCACAAGGAGAUAUUACUGGUACACUAACAGAGACAGUCCCCGGUAUUUCACAAGAAGAUAUUACUGGUACACCAACAGAGACAGUCCCCAGUAUUACACAACCAGACAUUACUGGUGUACCAACACAGACAGUCCCCGGUAUUUCACAAGUGGAUCUUACUGGUAAACCAACACUGGUGGGCCCCGGUAUUUCACAAGGAGAUAUUACUGGUACACUAACAGAGACAGUCCCCGGUAUUUCACAAGGAGAUAUUACUGGUACACCAACAGAGACAGUCCCCAGUAUUACACAACCAGACACUACUGGUGCACCAACACAGACAGUCCCCGGUAUUUCACAAAUGGAUAUUACUGGUACACCAACACUGGUGGGCCCCGGUAUUUCACAAGGAGAUAUUACUGGAACACCAACAGAGACAGUCCCCGGUAUUUCACAAGUAGAUAUUACUGGUACACCAACAGAGACAGUCCCCGGUAUUUCACAACCAGAUAUUACUGGUACACCAACAGACACAGUCCCCGGUAUUACACAACCAGAUAUUACUGGUACACCAACACAGGUAGGCCCCGGUACUCAAAUACCAUAUUAUCCUGAUAUACUAAAGCACAAAUUUCCCGGUAUUGCACAACCAGACAUUACUGGUGCACCAACACAGACAGUCCCCGGUAUUUCACAAGUAGAUAUUACUGGUACACCAACACUAGUAGGCCCCGGUAUUUCACAAGGAGAUAUUACUGGUACACUAACAGAGACAGUCCCCGGUAUUUCACAAGAAGAUAUUACUGGUACACCAACAGAGACAGUCCCCAGUAUUACACAACCAGACAUUACUGGUGUACCAACACAGACAGUCCCCGGUAUUUCACAAGUGGAUCUUACUGGUAAACCAACACUGGUGGGCCCCGGUAUUUCACAAGGAGAUAUUACUGGUACACUAACAGAGACAGUCCCCGGUAUUUCACAAGGAGAUAUUACUGAGACAGUCCCCGGUAUUUCACAACCAGAUAUUACUGGUAUACCAACAGAGACAGUCCCCGGUAUUUCACAACCAGAUAUUACUGGUAUACCAACAGAGGCAGUUCCUGAUAUUUCACAAGGAGAUAUUACUGGUACACCAACAGAGACAUUCCCCAGUAUUACACAACCAGACACUACUGGUGCACCAACACAGACAGUCCCCGGUAUUUUACAAGGAGAUAUUACUGGUACACCAACAGAGACAUUCCCCAGUAUUACACAACCAGACACUACUGGUGCACCAACACAGACAGUCCCCGGUAUUUCACAAGUGGAUAUUACUGGUACACCAACAGAGACAGUCCCCGGUAUUUCACAAGCAGAUAUUACUGGUACACCAACAGAGACAGUCCCCGGUAUUUCACAACCAGAUAUUACUGGUAUACCAACAGAGGCAGUUCCUGAUAUUUCACAAGCAGAUAUUACUGGUACACCAACACAGUUAGGCCCCGGUAUUUCACAAACAGAUAUUACUGGUUCACCAACAGAGACAGUCCCCGGUAUUUCACAAGCAGAUAUUACUGGUACACCAACAGAGAUAGUCCCCGGUAUUUCACAAGCAGAUAUUACUGGUACACCAACAGACACAGUCCCCGGUAUUUCACAAGCAGAUAUUACUGGUACCACAGACACAGUCCCCGAGACAGUCCCCGGUAUUUCACAACCAGAUAUUACUGGUACACCAACAGAGACAUUCCCCGGUAUUUCACAAGCAGAUAUUACUGGUACACCAACAGACACAGUCCCCGGUAUUUCACAAGCAGAUAUUACUGGUACGCCAACAGAGACAGUCCCCGGUAUUUCACAAGCAGAUAUUACUGGUACACCAGCAGAGACAGUCCCCGGUAUUUCACAAGCAGAUAUUAGUGGUACACCAAUAGAGACAGUCCCCGGUAUUUCACAAGCAGAUAUUACCGGUACGCCAACAGAGACAGUCCCCGGUAUUUCACAAGCAGAUAUUACUGGUACACCAACAGGCACAGUCCCCGGUAUUUCACAAACAGAUAUUACUGGUACACUAACAGACACAGUCCCCGGUAUUUCACAAGCAGAUAUUACUGGUGCACCAACAGACACAGUCCCCGGUAUUUCACAAGCAGAUAUUACUGGUACACCAACAGACACAGUCCUCGGUAUUUCACAAGCAGAUAUUACUGGUACACAAACAGACACAGUCCCCGGUAUUUCACAAGCAGAUAUUACUGGUACACCAACAGACACAGUCCCCGGUAUUUCACAAGGAGAUAUUACUGGUACACCAACACAGGCAGUCCCCGGUAUUACUCAAGCAGAUAUUACUGGAAGACCUACACAGGUAGGCCCCGGUAUUACACAACCAGACUUUACUGGUGCACCAACACCAGUAGGGCCCGGUAUUUCAGAACCAGAUAUUACUGGUACACCAACAGAGACAUUCCCCGGUAUUUCACAAGCAGAUAUUACUAGUACACCAAGAGAGACAGUCCCCGGUAUUUCACUUCCAGAUAUUACAGGUACACCAGCAGAUACAGUCCCCGGUAUUUUACAAGCAGGGAUUACUGGUACACCAACACAGGUAGGCCCCGGUAUUUCAGAACCAGAUAUUACUGGUAUACCAACAGAGACAGUCCCCGGUAUUUCACAAGUAGAUAUUACUGGCACACCAACACAGACAGUCCCCGGUAUUUCACAAGUAGAUAUUACUGGUACACCAACAGAGACAUUCCCCGGUAUUUCACAAGUAGAUAUUACUGGUACACCAACAGAGACAGUCCCCGGUAUUUCACAAGCAGAUAUUGCUGGUACCCCAACAGAGACAGUCCCCGGUAUUUCACAAGCAGAUAUUACUGGUACACCAGCAGAUACAGUCCCCGGUAUUUUACAAGCAGGGAUUACUGGUACACCAACACAGGUAGGCCCCGGUAUUUCAGAACCAGAUAUUACUGUCCCCGGUAUUUUACAAGCAGGGAUUACUGGUACACCAACACAGGUAGGCCCCGGUAUUUCACAAGUAGAUAUUACUGGCACACCAACACAGACAGUCCCCGGUAUUUCACAAGUAGAUAUUACUGGCACACCAACACAGACAGUCCCCGGUAUUUCACAAGUAGAUAUUACUGGUACACCAACAGAGACAUUCCCCGGUAUUACACAACCAGACUUUACUGGUGCACCAACACAGGUAGGCCCCGGUAUUUUGCAAGCAGAUAUUACUGGUACACCAACACAGGUAGAGCCCGGUAUUACACAACCAGAUAUUACUGGUACACCAACAGAGACAGUCCCCGGUUUUUCACAAGCAGACAUUACUGGUGCACCAACAGAGACAGUCCCCGGUUUUUCACAAGCAGACAUUACUGGUGCACCAACACAAGUAGGCCCCGGUAUUUCACAAGCAGAUAUUACUGGUACACCAACAGAGACAGUCCCCGGUUUUUCACAAGCAGACAUUACUGGUGCACCAACACAAGUAGGCCCUGGUAUUUCACAAGCAGAUAUUACUGGUACACCAACAGGGACAGCCCCCGGUAUUUCACAAACAGAUAUUACUGGUACACUAUCACAGACAGUCCCCGGUAUUUCACAAGCAGAUAUUACUGGUACCCCAACAGAGACAGUCCCCGGUAUUUCACAAGCAGAUAUUACUGGUACCCCAACAGAGACAGUCCCCGGUAUUUCACAAGCAGAUAUUACUGGUAUCCCAACACAGACAGUCCCCGGUAUUUCACAAGCAGAUAUUACUGGUUCACCAACAGAGACAGUCCCCGGUAUUUCACAAGCAGAUAUUACUGGUACACCAACACAUUUAGGCCCCGGUAUUUCAAAACUAGAUAUUGCUUCUAUACUAACACAAAAAUUCCCAAAUAUUCCUCAUUUGACAGCACAGAAUUUCCCCACUAUUUUUCAUUUACUACCACAGAAAUUCCCACACAUUUCUCAUUUGCCAACACAGGUAUUCCCAGAUAUUCCUAAUUUGGCAACACAGGGAUUCCCCGAUAAUGCCCAACCAGAUAUUCCUUCUAUGCCAACGGAGAAACCAAUGCCGAAGCAACACCUUCCUACAACGUCCACUGCGUCUCCUCAUCGUAAACCAGCGACUGAGGACUUUGCCACACUGAGUAAACUAAAGAAGAAUAAUCCCACCACAUUGACGAGUUCUGCUACUCAAGUCGCCUCUGAUGGAGCGACGAUGGCCGGCGCCUCGGUAGGUGCUGGUAAGUAG